AUGUCGCAGAAAUAUAGUGAAGCUAGUGUAAAGACUAUCAAAUUGCAUUAUAGCACAACAGGAACAAUUAAUACAGCAGAUGCGCAAACUUUUCAGCACAACAUAAGUGAAGGCAUUCUUUUAUUAUUAGAAGAAGCUUCCAAUUCUGACGCAAAUGCUGCUUCUGUUUCUGCUACUGCAGUAUAUAUUAUGUUUAAUCUUGUGGAUAGUUUAGUGGUUAUCGGAUAA